GUGGCCUGUCAGUGAUACGGAAGCUGUGAUUGAUUGAUUGAUUGAGCACACAAGAUAAUACUUUGCGAUACAAGUUAUAAAAUAUCACUUCGUGGGAUUUAACGGGUGUUUUUGGCUCCACUGUCUGCCCCUGUGGGUGCGUGGGCUCUGCCUGUGACUGUGCAGCAAUGACCUGGAAGUCAAACACGCUUUUAGAGCCAUUUUGAUCUUUGAGCCCAGCGGAGAGCACACACACUCUCACACACACGCUUCCCGCUGAGCUGCUGCACCUCGCUGACCCCACCGGCCAUGGAGAUCUCAUUUGCAGGCAAACGGGCUCUGGUCACCGGAGCAGGAAAAGGGAUCGGUAGGGCCACAGCUCUGGCUCUGGCACGCUGCGGGGCAAAGGUCACAGCGGUCACACGAACACAGGCUGAUCUCAACAGUCUGGUGCAGGAGUGUGCCUCCAUCACGCUGGUGUGUGUGGACCUCGCAGACUGGGGGGCCACAGAGGUGGCCCUGCGGGAUGUUGGCCCCAUUGAUCUGCUGGUGAAUAACGCCGCCUGUGCCAACCUGCAGCCAUUUCUGGAGGUCACACCUGAUAAGUUUGACCAGGCAUUCAGUGUGAAUGUGAAAGCUGUGGUGCAUGUUUCUCAGUUAGUGGCUCGUGGUAUGAAGGCCAGAGGAUCAGGAGGCUCCAUUGUUAAUGUGUCCAGCCAGGCAUCACAGUGUGCCCUCAGAGACCACGCUGUCUACUGUGCUACCAAAGGGGCCCUGGACAUGCUGACUAAAGUGAUGGCUUUAGAACUGGGACCGCACCAGAUCCGGGUGAAUUGUGUGAAUCCCACAGUGGUGAUGACUGAGAUGGGUCGCUUGGGCUGGAGCGAUCCUGAAAAAGCCAAGACCAUGACUUCCCGCAUCCCCCUGGGCCGCUUUGCAGAGGUGGAGGACGUUGUGAACAGUAUUUUAUUCCUGCUGAGUGAUAAGAGCAGCAUGACUAACGGAGUCACUCUGCCAGUGGAUGGAGGCUUCCUGUCCUGCUGACCCACAUCAGCCUCGCCUCGAAACAUCGACCAUCUGCUCAGAGGAAAAAAGAAGCAGCUGCUGUCUCAUCACCUCAUUUUAUUCACUAAUUAAACUCAUCCACUGGACAAUCCACUUGUAGAUUUCCUGUUAAUAGUGAUCAUUUAAUUUGCUCUAAUUUAACUGGAGUUUGUCUCUGACUGUGAAUGUUUAGGCAUUACUUAAAGCAACAAGAGGCUGAUUUUGUGUGUAGUUAUUUGACCCAUUCAUGGAAAUCCUAAUUCCCAAAGUUACAGAGUGCUGCUUAAAGAACAGCUGGGAAACCUGCUUCUGCCCCAAUUUUAAAAUCAGUAUUAAAAACAAGAUCUUGGUA